AUGGUCGCGAAUCCACGGGAAAAAAAUCAAGAGUUGAACACCUCAGAGGAUGAAAGUGAAUCUUUAAUGUACGAGUUGGUUCCAACAUCAGAAAAUGUUUUUAGGUUGAAAAUAACACGAAAACAUUUGGAUAGAUCAGUGAAGCCUGAAUAUUUAAAAGUGACUUCAGACCAAAGUUCUGUACAAAAUUUUUAUGAAGAUAAUACAGCUCAGAAUACAAAAUCUUCUAAUCAAACUAAGAAGAAGAAGGUUAAAAAAUCAAGACGAAGACGAAAAAGUGAAUACGAAACCACUGAGGAAGAGGAAGAUUUCAUGUCUGAUGAGUCGGAUUAUACUCCUUGGAAAAACAUUGCUGUGUCUUCAAAUCGAAUGACAACUAGAUCUUCAACGAAACAGUUCAAAACUCCUGUAAUAGAAGAAGUAUUUUGUCAAAACCAAGGUGAUGCGUGGAAACGAAUUUUUGGUGAGUAUGAUAAGAACACAAUUGCAGUUGAAACCAAUAAAGAUGAAACAAUUGAUUUGACUAUGGAUUUCGAUGACGCUUUUAAUAGUGAUGUCUGCAACAAUAGUGCCGCUGCCGCCAAUAGUUCCAUCAACAAGCAACAUUAUGGGAGCAAGUCCCCAAAAAGAAUUAAAAUAAAAAAUGAACAUGAAACCGAUUCAGGAUUCUGUGUGUAUGAAGGACCAUCAUUGAAAAAGAUAGAGCAGCAUAUAAAUCAAGACAACGAAGAUUCAUGCAUAAUCAUCGAUGACGAUGAUGAUGAAACUGACAAAAAAGAUAUUUUAAGAAACAAUAUUUUGCAAUCUUUUGAUAUUGAUUCUACCGUAAAUAACGAAGGAUGCAGCAGAGAUCUACAGUUGCAUGACGAAUUAACAAGGAACGACAAAUUGAAUCAUCAGUUUUAUAACAAAGAUCAUACCACCUCCGAUAAAGAUCUUGUUAGAGACCAAGAAUCGUGGAGAUUUUCUCCAAUCGAUUACUCAAUGUAUGAAAAUACGACAACUGUUCAAAAAAUUGAUGCAGCAAAAAAUCCCGAACAAAAGGAUAAUGAAACCAAAAAUAAUUAUGGUUUAAAUCAGUCAAGAAUUACAAUGAACGGUACUUCCAGAAUAACAUCAAAUUCAACACAAUAUGAUUGUCAUGGAACAAACAUAAAAUUAAAUGAAAAUAAUAUCAGCCAUGAAAGAUUUUCGGAAAACCCAAGAUAUUCCAACCCUAAUAUUGAAGGGCGGGAGCGAAUCGAAAAUUUUUCAUUGAUUCGCGAUCAAUCUAAACCAUUUUAUAACAAUAAAAUAAACAUGUCAAAGUCACCCCAAGAAUAUAUUCAACUUGGACUUGGAUCUAGUAAUGAUGGUUUUCAGAAUACUUCAGUCAAGAAGUUGUGGGAACCAGAAAAGCGAACGAGUGAAAAUAUUUCGAAAUAUGGUACAAUCACAAAUAAUUUGGAAUACAACCACUCUUCAAGAAACAAAUCAUCUAUUUCAAAAAAUCAAAAUAACCGAACGACUAUUGAUGCUUAUUUUAAGAAACAGCCACCAUCGUACAGUGGUGAUCGUGCACGUGGAAAUAGCGCAAAUAAAACUGUCUCAAUGAUAUGUACAACAUUUUUACCAUCAUCCAAAACUUCGAAUAACCAUGAGAAGAUAAAGGAUAUUAAGGGAACCGACAAAAUUUGUUUGCAAAAUCAAAAUAUUCAAGAAGUCCAAACAUCAAAUAUAAAUGACAAGAUUACAAGGCAAGCUGUGGCAAAUCUGUCAAGCUACGGUGGAACCCAAAGUUCAGUUUACAAAACACCAGUAAAUGAUCAAGAACAAGCAAUACAACCUCAAAAUACAUCAGGAUUUUCUUCUGUUAUCCGUUAUGCAAUGAACCAGAAAGAGCAAGACAAUGUAACUAAAAAGCAAGUUCAAAAAGGAAGAACUGAAUAUAAGCAAAGGUCAUUGCUGGAUUCAGGUGAUCUGAACAGUACAUCAGUUGCCAAAAAUAGAACUACAUCACUACACAGCUUGAUAAUGGAUUUAGUAACCAAUGCAGUAAAUCAGGAUGACUUUCGUGGUAAAAACCGUCGCUGCAAUAAUAGAAACACUAUUAAUUAUUACCCUCAAGAAAAUAUUAUUAACAAACAAGUUCAAGAACAGCAGUCAACAGAUGAAAUAUAUAAUUACAAUCGGUGCUAUAAUUACAACACUUCAACCCAAUCUGGAACAAAUGUUGAAAGUAAUUGUAAUAUAGCGACACGAAAUCAAACUAAUCCGUUUAUAUCUAAUGAUAUCUUCAAUCAAAACAAUAUAAAUAAUGACAAUCAGAACUUUGAAUGUGGUAGGACCAAUGUUGUACCUGACAUUUAUAAACAAAGGGACAAUCUCGGCUACAGAAUCGAUAAUUUUGAGUCAACUUUUAAACCAUUUGUGCCGCACUUUUCGGCAAAUUUGCCAGGAAAUAAUAAUCCCUAUAGGUGGACAUCUUCAAACAAUGCGGUACAUCAUCUUAAAGAACACACGGAAGUUGUGCCACAAGUAAACCCACCAGAAAGUGUUUAUUGGCAGCCUAAAAUGUAUCAAGAUAUUCAACAACGGCAGGAACAGAAUCUGCACAAUGCGACAACUAAUUAUGAAAAUCAAUUGACAAAUAGAAAUUUUGUAAUAUCUAACCAAGAAUAUUCAAUGGAAAAUGUAUCAAACAACUGCUUUGAUAAUCAGCCUUUUAAUAGCGAGAACUCAAGUUUUAUUUCAAAUCCCUGCAAUUCAACAAUGCAUCAACCAAAUGCCAACACCAAUUUUAACGAUUACCAAAAUAUUACGGAACAUCAGCUUUACGAAAUUAAUCGUUUUUAUAGUUAUGAUCCAAAAACUGGACAACCAGAAUUUGAAUUAGAAACAAAUUUUACACAAGAACCAAUUAAUCUUGCUGUGGAACAUGGUGGAAGAUUUUGA